AACCAAGCUCCAACAUGUCUUCCUCCACAUUUACAAAGCCAUUGCUUUCCCUACUUCUUUUCUCCAUCUUUGCUUUCAUUGCUCAAGCUCAAGUUCCUGCAAACGAAACUUUCACGCUUGUCAAUGAGGGAGAAUUCGGGCCUUAUGUUGUCGAGUAUUUUGGAGACUACCGUAUGCUACCUCAAGUCUUCGCCUCCCCAUUCCAGCUUGGUUUCUACAACACCACCCCUAAUGCCUUCACUCUUGCUAUUCGUAUGGGUUUGACGCGUUCGGAGUCACUUAUGCGUUGGGUUUGGGAGGCCAACCGUGGAAACCCCGUCGGCGAAAACGCCACUUUCUCAUUGAGGACUGACGGGAACUUGGUCUUGGCCGAAGCCGAUGGCCGAGUGGCUUGGCAGACCAACACUAGCAACAAAGGUGUAGUAGGCUUCACAUUGCUUCCCACAGGCAACAUGGUCCUCUGUGACGCAAAUGGUAACUUUGUGUGGCAAAGUUUUGACUCCCCUACCGACACUUUGUUGGUAGGUCAGUCUCUACGCGCCGGUGGAGUAAGCAAGCUCGUCAGCCGGGCGUCGGAGAAAGAAAACAAAGACGGUCCUUACAGUUUGGUAUUGGAGCCAAAGGGGUUGUUUUUGUACUACAAGAGCAGCAUCUCCAAAAAGUCACUGCUCUACUCACAAUUCACUGACAUUCAGCAGGGAACGUUGGAGAAUGUGACUUUGAACAGCGCUACGGAUGAUGGCUGUGUUUGGGACUUAUCGUUCUUGACCUCAGGUGGAAACAAUCUCUAUCUUGCUAGACCCAAGUUCAAUGGCACAUUGACAUACCUCAGGCUCGGAAUUGAUGGAAACAUCAAGCUUUACACUUACUACGGCCAGGUAGAUUCAUGGGAGCAGACCUUCACUCUAUUCGACAGAGACUCAAGGUUCGAAACCGAGUGCCAGUUGCCGGAGCAAUGCGGGAGCUUGGGCGUUUGCGAGGACAACCAGUGUGUUGCUUGCCCAACGUCUAACGGACUUUCGGGUUGGAGCACGACAUGUGCGCCGGAGAAGCUAACUUCUUGCAAAGCAAACAGCUUCCACUACUACAAGGUUGAAGGGGUCGAUCAUUUCUUGAGCAAGUAUAACAGAGGAUCAGCUGUGAAGGAGGUUGAUUGUGGUAAGAAGUGCAGUUCCGACUGCAAGUGUCUGGGGUACUUCUACAAUAGGGAUACAUCAAGGUGUUUGAUAGCUUAUGAGUUGAAGACCUUGACCAAAGUAGCCAAUUCGACUCAUGUGGGUUUCAUCAAGGCACCUAACCACUAGUAUGCAUGGAACUAGCCAGAUCACUUAUUUUAACCUUCGUUUUUGUCAUUGAAUUCAUACUCGAUCAUAAUGUCAUGAAAUAAAUAUAUGUUUUCAAUG